GCUGCUGUCCCCUGGGUGACAUGAGGCGGUUCCUCCCUCCGGUCACCCUUCUGCUCGGGGUCCUGCUGUUUCUAGGGUUAUCCAGGGUCACCCAUGCUACCCGCCGAGGCACGGAGGGUCCCCGAGAACCCAGGGAAGAGGCCCCUGGACAAGGAGCAAACGGGUCUCACCAGCUUCACCACCACGUAAAACGCUACCUCUUACCACGCACGCCCCCUUUCCAGGAGCCUGAACCAGAUUUCAAAGUUGUCAACUGCAAGAAAAGCGAAGGCAAGUGUCAAAAAUACUGUAACUACAUGGAACUACAACUAGGCUACUGCUUCAAGACCAAAGACGCCUGCUGUUUACCUCAGAACUGAGGUUGUUGACACAGAAGACGAAGCUUGUCCACUGCCUCCCCCGGCCGUCAGCGCAGAAGCAGGUGUCUGGAGAAGGGACUGGGGAGGCCCUGAGCUUUGCUGUCUGUGCCAGCCGUCUGAACAUUUUACUGCAGCAGAAGGAAAGAUGAAAACUGGCUACACGUGGUCUUAUGGAUGCGAUCUUAGAGAAGGUGCCUUAGCUUGAGAUGUGCAGUAUCUUCCAAAUCACACAAUUUUUGCUGAUAAAUGUGGGUGUAAUAAACUUUCAUAGGAAAGCA